AGCAGCUGAGUGCUGUGGCCCUUGCAAAUAGCCCAGAGAAAGCAGCACAGGAUUCCCCAGGAAGACACGCAUGAUGGCCCCAUGCCUCAGGAGAGAGUGACAUCGGAAGCCAUAGUGCCUCACACCAGUGCUGACAGAGCCACAUGGCAGCAAAACAAAUGUGGCAUGAGAGUCAAGACCUACAUGUGCAGGUUGUUUGUAAUGUGAUAACUUUGAAUUUAUUUAUCUGAGAACUUUAUUGUCAGCUUAAUAACAUGAGAAGAGCCAUUCUGCACUGGAACAUUGCUUUAGCUUUUUUUUGCUUCCUAUUUUCAUACAAGGAUGUCAAUGUUAUUCCCAGAAGUUCUUGAACUACGUUUGGACGACCAUAUUUGCCUUUUUGCCCCAAACAAUUUCUGUUAACAAAUUAUUUUCACAUUCUUGCUUUUAUUUUUUCUCUUUUUAUUUAUUUAUUUUUUUUAGGUUUUCAAAUGGCUGAUCCUUUUCUAUAUGAUACUGGAGAAAGGUCUCACUAUGGGUGCCUUGGACAUGAAGUACAAAUUGAAUACCUUAAGGCAUAUGUUUGUAGACCAUCUUUUUCCACGGACAAAGCUGUGAUUGUGGUUCAUGAUGUAUUUGGUUGGCGGUUCCCAGAUAUUAGAUACAUAGUCGAUUUGAUAGCAGGACAUGGAUAUAUAACCAUCUGCCCAGACUUCUUCAAGGGGACAGAACCCUGGAAAUCUACUGAUCAUUGGCCUGACUUUCCUGACUGGAUGAAAAAUCAUGAUCCUAUGAAAGUAGACAAGGAAGCUGAUGUUGUCUUGAAGUAUCUAAAGGAACAAUGCGGUGCAAAGAAGAUUGGUAUCGUUGGGUUUUCCUGGGGUGGAAUGGCAGUACAUCACUUGAUGCUGAAAAAUCCUCAAUUAACCGCUGGGGUGUCCCUCUAUGGAAUAGUUAGAGACACUGAAGAAAGAUACCGUUUACUAAAUCCAACAUUUUUCAUUUUUGGUGAGAAAGACCACACUAUUUCUUUGGAUCAGAUCUUCUUAUUGGAGGACAAGCUGAAACAAUAUUGUAAAGUUCCAUAUAAAAUUAAAGUUUAUCCUGGGCAAGUUCAUGGGUUUGCACAACUGAAGCCAGAAGAUAUGAAACCUGAUGAUAAACCUUAUAUUGAAGAAGCUAGAAGGGAUAUGAUUGAUUGGAUCAAAAUGUUUGUUUGA